AUGAAGGUUGAAUUAAUCGUAUUACUGUUCGCAUGCUUCUUGACCCAUGCCCAAAUUACAACAAAUCCAGCUCAGACGUCAGAUGUUGAAGGUGCCCAAGGACCAGAGAAUCCACAGACUGAGAAUGAAGGUGGAUCAACUGAAGGUGAACCCACUCAAGGACUAGAGGAUCCUCAGACAGAGAAUGGAGGUGGAUCAGUUGAAGGUGAACCCACUCAAGAGCUUCCUCAGACAGAGAAUGGAGGUGUACCUACUGAAGGUGGACCCACUCAAGGACCGGAGGACACUCAGGCAGAGAAUGGGCUCACUGAAGGUGGAACUACUCAAGAACCAGAAGAUUCUCGGAGCUCCAGCGCAGGACAGACGGCUGAAGAUGAUGGUGGCGGUGGCGAGGAGACACCUCCAAAGGAAGUUGAAGCUAAUGAAGUGAGGAGUCUUCGUCGCUCCCAAGGCAGAGGAAAGGAUGAAGGUGAUGACGGUGGUAGCAAAGAAAAACCUGAAGAAUGA